AUGAAGUUUACUCUUGCCGCCGCCUUCAUCUCCACCGUCUUCCUCAGCGUCACCGCUCUUCCCGCAGCCGAGGCGGCCCGUCUCCAACGUCGCACAUGUGACUACCCUACCGUACCUCUCCUCCGUGCUUUCGAUCCUUCGCUUACGGACCACUUCUAUACCACGAACACCGUUGAGAUGAACAACGCGGUGACCCAGGGUUAUGACCAAGAGGGCAAUGCGGCCACAGUUCAUCCAGACCAAACCCCGAUCACCGUCCCGCUCUACCGCCUCUACAGCCCCUCCAUCACGGAUCACUUCUACACCACCUCGGCCAGCGAGCGCGACAACGCCGCCCAGAACGGUUACACCAUCGAGGGCAUCACCGCUUAUGUGUACGAGACACAGCUGUGCGGUACGGUGCCGCUGUACAGGCUGUUCGACCCCUCGGGCGGGGACCACUUCUACACGACCAGCGCGGCUGAGAGGGACAAUGCGGUCAACAGCUUGUAUUACGCUUAUGAGGGUAUUGCGGCCUAUGUUAACCCCCAGCCCUGA